CAAUCAGACCGUUGCUUGGCAGACACUGGAUAGUUAUGAGCCUGAACAAGCUGAAAAGGGGCAGGAAGAGAAGUGGAGGCUGCAUUCUUCCUAUUUAAAGCUGCAUCGCUUGAAAAAAGUUUUCUCAGACUGUGCUGGAGCUGGUGCUGGGAAGGGGUUUGCAGAGGCUGCCCCGCCAGAGCUGAGAGAGCCGAGGCCGGCUUCAUGGUGCUCCCAGAACCUUAGAUCACUUCUCGCUCCCAGGAGGACCUGCAUGCCUAGCACUUCGACGAGAUGGCACACCGGCUGCAAGCAACCCCUCUCCUCCUUCUGACUGUUUUAUUAGGGCGGCUUGUCUCAGCGAGAGCCCAGGACGAAGGCGAGGACGAAGGAUACGGUGAAGAAAUAGCCUGCACUCAGAAUGGUCAGAUGUACUUAAACAGAGACAUUUGGAAACCUGCCCCUUGCCAGAUCUGUGUCUGUGACAAUGGAGCCAUUCUCUGUGACAAGAUACAGUGCCAGGAGGUACUUGAAUGUGCUGACCCCGUAACUCCCCCCGGAGAAUGCUGUCCCGUCUGCCCACACACAGCCGGAGCUGGCAACAGCAAUUUCGGUAGAGGAAGAAAGGGACAAAAAGGAGAACCAGGAUUGGUGCCUGUUGUUACAGGCAUACGUGGGCGUCCAGGACCAGCAGGACCUCCAGGAUCACAAGGACCAAGAGGAGAGAGGGGCCCAAAAGGAAAACCUGGUCCUCGCGGUCCUCAGGGAAUCGAUGGAGAACCAGGUGUUCCUGGUCAACCUGGUGCCCCAGGGCCUCCGGGACAUCCAUCCCACCCAGGACCUGACGGCAUGAGCAGGCCAUUUUCAGCUCAGAUGGCCGGCUUAGACGAGAAGUCCGGACUGGGGAGUCAAGUGGGACUCAUGCCUGGCUCUGUGGGUCCUGUCGGUCCAAGGGGACCUCAAGGCUUACAAGGGCAGCAAGGCGGCGUUGGGCCUACAGGACCUCCUGGAGAGCCUGGUGAACCGGGACCCAUGGGUCCGAUAGGAUCACGCGGACCAGAGGGCCCUCCUGGAAAACCUGGGGAAGAUGGUGAACCUGGUAGAAAUGGAAAUCCCGGUGAAGUGGGGUUUGCGGGAUCUCCGGGAGCGCGAGGAUUUCCUGGGGCUCCUGGUCUUCCAGGCCUGAAGGGUCACCGAGGACACAAAGGUCUUGAAGGCCCUAAAGGUGAAGUUGGAGCAACUGGUUCCAAAGGCGAAGCUGGCCCUACUGGUCCAAUGGGUGCCAUGGGUCCAAUGGGUCCGAGGGGAAUGCCAGGAGAAAGAGGGAGGCUUGGGCCACAAGGGGCUCCUGGACAACGAGGUACACACGGUAUGCCUGGGAAGCCUGGGCCAAUGGGUCCUCUUGGGAUACCUGGAUCGUCUGGUUUUCCGGGAAAUCCUGGGAUGAAGGGAGAAGCAGGUCCCACUGGAGCAAGAGGCCCCGAAGGUCCCCAGGGGCAAAGAGGUGAAACUGGGCCACCAGGUCCAGUCGGCUCUCAAGGUCUUCCCGGCGUGGUAGGAACUGAUGGGACACCUGGUGCCAAAGGCCCAACGGGCUCUCCAGGCACCUCUGGUCCUCCUGGCUUAUCAGGGCCCCCCGGAUCUCCAGGACCUCAGGGUAGCACGGGACCUCCAGGAAUUCGAGGCCAGCCGGGUGAUCCAGGAGUUCCAGGUUUCAAAGGAGAAGCUGGCCCAAAAGGCGAACCAGGGCCGCAUGGUAUUCAGGGUCCAAUAGGCCCAGCUGGUGAAGAAGGGAAAAGAGGUCCCCGAGGUGACCCCGGAACAGUCGGUCCUCCAGGCCCAAUGGGAGAAAGGGGUGCUCCUGGCAAUCGUGGUUUCCCGGGCUCUGAUGGUUUACCUGGACCAAAGGGGGCUCAAGGAGAGAGGGGUCCUGUGGGUUCUUCUGGACCUAAAGGAGGUCAAGGGGACCCAGGACGGCCAGGUGAACCUGGGCUGCCCGGUGCUCGGGGUCUGACAGGAAAUCCUGGAGUUCAAGGUCCUGAAGGAAAACUUGGGCCUUUGGGUGCUCCUGGGGAGGACGGCCGGCCAGGUCCUCCAGGCUCCAUAGGAAUCAGAGGACAGCCGGGCAGCAUGGGUCUCCCAGGCCCCAAAGGUAGCAGUGGUGACCCUGGAAAACCUGGAGAGGCAGGAAAUGCUGGUGUUCCUGGGCAGAGGGGAGCUCCUGGAAAAGAUGGUGAAGUUGGUCCUUCUGGUCCUGUGGGCCCCCCGGGUCUAGCUGGGGAGAGAGGAGAACAGGGACCUCCGGGCCCCACUGGCUUUCAGGGGCUUCCUGGUCCUCCGGGGCCUCCUGGGGAAGGUGGAAAGCCAGGAGAUCAGGGAGUUCCUGGAGAUCCUGGAGCAGUUGGCCCAUUAGGACCCAGAGGAGAGCGCGGAAACCCAGGGGAGAGAGGAGAACCAGGAAUAACGGGGCUGCCUGGUGAGAAGGGAAUGGCUGGGGGCCACGGCCCGGACGGUCCCAAAGGCAGUCCAGGACCAUCAGGGACCCCCGGAGAUACAGGCCCACCGGGACUUCAAGGUAUGCCAGGAGAGAGAGGAAUUGCAGGAACUCCAGGCCCCAAGGGUGACAGAGGUGGCAUAGGAGAAAAGGGCGCUGAAGGGACAGCUGGAAACGACGGAGCAAGAGGUCUUCCAGGUCCCCUGGGUCCUCCGGGUCCGGCGGGUCCCACUGGAGAAAAGGGUGAACCUGGCCCUCGAGGUUUAGUCGGCCCUCCGGGCUCCCGUGGCAAUCCUGGUUCUCGUGGUGAAAAUGGCCCCACUGGGGCUGUUGGUUUUGCUGGACCCCAGGGUCCAGAUGGGCAGCCUGGAGUAAAAGGGGAGCCCGGAGAGCCAGGACAGAAGGGAGACGCCGGCUCUCCUGGGCCACAAGGUCUGGCAGGAUCCCCAGGCCCUCAUGGUCCUAAUGGUGUUCCUGGACUCAAGGGUGGCCGAGGAACUCAGGGGCCACCUGGUGCUACUGGGUUUCCUGGUUCUGCUGGCAGAGUUGGACCUCCAGGCCCUCCUGGAGCUCCAGGACCUGCGGGGCCCUUAGGAGAACCCGGGAAGGAGGGACCUCCAGGUCUUCGUGGGGAUCCCGGCUCUCAUGGGCGAGUGGGAGAUCGAGGACCAGCUGGCCCUCCUGGUGGCCCAGGAGACAAAGGAGACCCGGGAGAAGAUGGGCAACCUGGUCCUGAUGGUCCCCCGGGUCCAGCUGGAACCACUGGACAAAGAGGAAUUGUGGGCAUGCCAGGGCAGCGUGGGGAGAGGGGCAUGCCUGGCCUGCCAGGCCCAGCGGGCACACCCGGGAAGGUUGGACCCACCGGUGCACCAGGAGAUAAAGGUCCGCCCGGACCUGUGGGACCCCCCGGCUCCAAUGGCCCCGUGGGGGAGCCUGGCCCCGAAGGUCCAGCUGGUAAUGAUGGUACUCCAGGACAGGACGGUGCUGUUGGAGAACAGGGUGAUCGUGGAGACCCUGGACCUGCGGGUCUGCCAGGCUCCCAGGGUGCCCCUGGAACGCCUGGCCCAGUUGGUGCCCCAGGAGAUGCAGGACAAAGAGGAGAUCCGGGUUCUCGGGGUCCUAUAGGACCACCUGGUCGAACUGGAAAACGUGGCUUACUUGGACCCCAAGGACCUCGAGGUGACAAAGGUGAUCAUGGAGACCGAGGUGACCGAGGUCAAAAGGGUCACAGGGGCUUCACUGGUCUUCAAGGUCUUCCUGGACCUCCUGGCCCAAAUGGUGAACAAGGCAGUGCUGGUAUUCCUGGACCAUUUGGCCCACGAGGUCCUCCAGGUCCAGUUGGCCCCUCAGGUAAAGAAGGAAACCCUGGACCACUUGGUCCUAUUGGGCCUCCUGGUGUGCGGGGCAGUGUCGGAGAAGCAGGACCAGAGGGUCCUCCUGGUGAGCCUGGUCCACCUGGUCCCCCCGGGCCUCCUGGUCACCUCACAGCUGCUCUUGGAGAUAUCAUGGGUCACUACGAUGAGAGCAUGCCGGACCCCCUUCCAGAGUUUACUGAGGAUCAGGCGGCUCCAGACGACAAAAACAAAACAGACCCGGGAGUCCAUGCCACCCUGAAGUCACUCAGUAGUCAGAUUGAAACCAUGCGCAGUCCCGAUGGCUCUAAAAAGCACCCAGCCCGGACGUGUGAAGACUUAAAGCUUUGCCAUUCUGCAAAGCAGAGCGGGGAGUACUGGAUUGAUCCUAACCAGGGAUCCGUUGAAGAUGCCAUCAGAGUUCACUGCAACAUGGACACGGGGGAGACAUGCAUCUCGGCCAACCCGUCCAGCGUGCCGCGCAAGACCUGGUGGGCCAGCAAGUCGUCCGACCACAAGCCUGUUUGGUAUGGUCUUGACAUGAACAGAGGAUCUCAGUUUAUUUACGGAGAUCAUCAGUCACCUAACGCAGCCAUUACUCAGAUGACCUUCCUGCGCCUUCUAUCAAAAGAAGCCUCCCAGAAUAUCACUUACAUCUGUAAAAACAGUGUAGGAUACAUGGAUGAUCAAGCCAAGAACCUCAAGAAAGCUGUGGUUCUCAAAGGGUCAAAUGACUUGGAAAUCAAAGCAGAGGGCAACGUUAGAUUCAGAUAUAUCGUUCUUCACGACACUUGCUCUAAACGAAAUGGCAACGUGGGCAAGACCGUCUUUGAAUACAGAACACAGAAUGUGGCGCGCUUACCCAUCAUAGAUCUUGCCCCUGUGGAUGUUGGCAGCACAGACCAAGAAUUUGGCAUCGAAAUUGGGCCAGUCUGUUUUGUGUAAAGCGAGCCAAGAUGCGUUGACAAUGAGCACCACCCCCGCCAUCCGAGACCGCCCACUCACAGGGAUUUUGACUGUUGGAAGCUGAUCCUGAAACUCUUGAAGUAAUGGCUGGUCCCGCAUCAGCACUGCACAUGCGGUCUUAAGUGCCUGGUCUCCUUAUCCUUCAGAAUAUUUAUUUUACUUACAAUCCUCAAGUUUUAAUUGAUUUAAAAUAUUUUUCAAUACAGCAGUUUAGGUUUAAGACGGGCAAUGACAACAACCACCUUUUAAAAAAGUAAACUGAUUGAAUAAAGGAAUCUCCAUUUUCUUCAAUUUAUUUCAAUGUAAUGACAAAGUUGCUUAGUAUUUAUGAGGAAAUUCUUCUUCCUGGCAGGUAGCUUAAAGAGUGGGGUAUGUAAAACCACAAAACAUGUUUAUUUCACUUGGCUGUAGUUUGAAAAAUAGUAGUAGAGCCCUUCUGUGACCUCUUAUUCCCAGAUUAUCAAUUAAAAAUGAAAUCAACAUGUUUAUCCUUGGGAUUGAAGCCCACAUGCAUGUCUUGAUAUUGUUCAAUUACCAUAAAGACUCUUUGAAGAGAACUUUGAAAAAAAAAUCCGUUUCUCACUAUCUUAAAUGAAAUUUUUUAAUAAUAUAUAUUCAGUGGAGAAACAAAGUGAUCUUAAAUUUUUAUGAAGUGUGGUAAGUUCAGGCUUUUUUGUCAUUCAAAUUUAAAGAUACCUUUCCCUCUUGACUCAAUCUGUCAGCAUAGAUAGAAGUUACAUGAGUACACCAUUGAACACAUUUGCACUUUCUUGUUUAAGAAGACAUUGAAUGCAAAGUAAUUUACACAUACAACUUUGUAAACAUAUGUCCAGGACCCAAAGUCGAGAGUCUUCCACGUGUACCGUCUCGGCAUCCUGAAGCCUAUAAUGAAGAAAAAGAUUUAGAAACUCAAGUUGCGGAGCUGACUGUAAUCAAACGUGAUGAUUGGAAUUAGAACAUUCGGCCUUUGAACUCUCAUAGGAAAAGUGACCCAACAUUUCUUAGCAUGAGCUACCUCAUCUCUAGAAGCUGGGAUGGACUCACUGUUCUUGUUUAUAUUUUAGAUACUAAAAGGUGCUAUGCUUCGGUUAUUAUUCCAAGACUGGAGAUAGGCAGGGCUAAAAUGUAUUACUAUUUUCUUCUAAUGAUGGUGCUAAAAUUCCUUCUAUAAAUUUCUUUUAAAAUAAAGAUGGUUUCAUCAAUACCAUUUGUGAAAAAAUAAUUGUUAGACUGCCCAUUUCUGAAAGAAGGAGCAUUGUUCCAGUGCCUCUCCAUUGUUCAUCUGUCAUACUGUAUCCAGAAUGUUUUGUGAUACGCGCAUGUUUCUUAGACCAGAACAUGUAGGUCCCCUUGUGUCUCAAGUUUUUUUUUCUUUCCCCUUAAUUGCAUUUAUUGGCUCUGUUUUUAUUUUUUCUUUAAAAAUAAACAUCUGGGACCAUCCCAAAGGCCAAGCCAUGCACGCAACUUUAGUCAUGUAUCUCUGCAAAGCAUCAAAUUAAAUGCACGCUUUUGUCAUG